GACAUGUCAUUGGCAUGGAUUAGUUUGCUCUUAAUAUCCGAAUAUUGAAGGGAGUGCAUAAUAGUAUAGGUAAGUAGUCUCAAUAGACUCAGCAGUGGGUAAGUUGGCAUACAGUCGACCGGUGACAAUUGCAACCCUUAGCGAGUUCCAAGGUUGCUUAUUGAACGUUAUACACGUGUCGAGGUGCUGAAUCGGGAUAGCCAAACUUUUGGGGUUGCCAAGGUUUGCUGUCUAGCUCCAAGUUCUAUAGAAUAUCAUUUGCUGGGCGGACGGACAGAGAGAGAUAACUCACCAAGUUUCUCUGCUAGCUUGCCCAAUUCAAGUAAGCAAGGCAUGAGACACACCCAGGCCCGUCGUGUAUAUACCUACACCGAUCCAGAGACAGACAGUCCACGUAGGUAGGAACUGUGGGCUUGCCAAGUGCCUCCUCCUGUCUCCUUCAGGCUUCCCGUCCUCCUCCCCCCGACUUGGUCGUUAGACCCCUUACCCAACCCAGAGAGACCCGUCAGCGACCCAAUAACCUAGACAUGUCUCCUCCGGGAGCCUCAAUGUCACAACCGACCUAUCUCGAGCAGACCGCCUCCCUGCUCAGUUCCGUCGCCGGCUACAUGCGCCUACCGGCGUUGGCGACUUCGGGUGUUGCUGCUAUUCUAACAUCGCUCCUAUAUUUCAAGCAGAAGACUUUGAUCUAUCCCUCCAAUAUCCCCGCCAAUGCCCGAACGGAAGUACCUCGACCUUCGCAGUUCGGUCUCAACAACUUUGAGGAGCUUGUAAUACCAACCACAGAUGGCGAGAAGCUAUCCGCGUUCUACAUCCGUGGGCCAAAGCGUGGUCGCCUCGCCAAUUGUACCGUGUUGAUGUUUCACGGCAAUGCAGGCAACAUUGGGCAUCGUCUCCCAAUUGCUCGUAUGCUGAUCAAUACGAUUGGCUGCAAUGUAUUCAUGCUAGAGUAUCGAGGCUACGGCAUGUCAACAGGCGAGCCAGACGAAAAAGGCAUCACAUUAGAUGCCCAGACCGCCCUCGACUAUCUUCGGAGCAGAGCUGAGACAAGUAAUCACAAGCUCAUAGUAUACGGGCAGAGCUUAGGAGGCGCUGUCAGCAUCAAACUCGUAGCGAAAAAUCAGCAGGCUGGCGACAUUGUCGGCCUUAUCCUAGAGAACACAUUCAUAUCUAUGCGGGCCUUGAUACCAUCCGUUAUUCCACCAGCCAAAUACCUGACCAUGUUAUGUCAUCAAGUAUGGCCCAGCGAAUCCAUAUUACCAAGCAUCACUGAAGUCCCGAUAUUAUUCUUGAGUGGCUUGCAAGACGAGAUUGUUCCUCCUUCUCAUAUGCGCAGACUAUAUGAAGUCUCCACAUCCCCAACUAAAAUAUGGAAGCCAUUGCCCGGUGGUGAUCAUAACUCGAGUGUUCUGGAGGACGGAUACUUCGAAGCUAUAUCUGAAUUCAUUGCCAAUGCUGCCGGAGGCGAGAAGUCAUGAUUGCAUCGGCGUUACGGGGAAACGGGGUUAAUCAGAUUUGCAUACAUAAGUUAGGGGCGGCCACUUGAUUUUUGUUUUCACUUUGUUUUGGCAAACCACGGCAGACCCCAUAGCAGAUGGGAUCAGUGUACCCUCUCCCACCUAAGAUACCCCUACUACUAAAGUCAAUAAUUUAGCCCAUUCCGUAACAAAUUAUUGAUUCUAGUACGACUGCGCCCUAAAUAUGUAUACUUAAUACAGUAUUGCUUCAACCAAAUUUCACAGCAAAAUAAUGACAAUCCAAUCUUAUUGGGGAAACUAUGUCUCAUUGACGUCUUGGAGAUAAUUCAGAUCAACUGUAUUAGUAUCGGGUAAUUUAGUGAUUAGGUUCCCUUGCACAACGUAACAUUUUAGUACUAUACCUAG